GCCCAAUCGUCAUCAAUUAUGUAUUUAAUGUCAAAAACCCCUAUAAAUAUUUUUAUUUUGAAGAUAAUCGUUAUUUAUUAAAAACUAUGUGAUUUUCAACAAAAAUAGACAGUGUUUAUUGUUAAAACUCGCGCUAUGUUGUACUGGGAUAUUAGGCGAGUAUAAAAUGUCCAAUUAUCAAUAUUGCGGUGAUAUUCUUCAUUUAAAUGUCGGAGGAAAAAGAUUUAGCACAUCGCGUCAAACAUUAACAUUAAUCCCAGACACAUUCUUCACCUCUUUACUAAGUGGCCGAAUAUCAAGUUUAAGAGAUGAAAAGGGAGCUAUUUUUAUUGACAGAGACCCUAAAAUAUUUUCAAUCAUUCUUAAUUAUUUACGAACAAAAGAUAUAGAACUUAAUGGUGUUGAUUUAAGAACACUGAGACAUGAAGCUGAAUAUUAUAACAUAGCCCCUCUGGUCAAACGGCUGAUGUUGUGUGAAGAAUUGACUGAAUCUACUUGUGGGGACGUGUUGUUCUAUGGGUCAUUGCCACCACCUUAUAUUCCCCUUCAACUUUCAAACAAUGCUCCGUAUGUUGAGUCCACGGGGAUUCACCAAGCAUCCGUCAGCGGUGGGGUAAAAAAUACAGACACAAAAAAUGUGACUCAAGGGGAUGUCUACCAACCUUCAACAUCGAAAUCUCCACCCGAAAACAGUGAAAACACAAACCCGGAAAAUUCACAACCGACCACAUCUCAGCAGUCAGCUCAAUCUCAAGUUUUAAACGGUUUUACCAAUGGGUUUAACCACAAUAGACAAGGUCAUUCUAGAAACUCAUCAUUAGAAUUAAGGGUGGGUCUAUCUGCCAAUUUUAGUCGUAGUUCUCAAGAUUUGCGCGGUAUUUCCAGUAGAGGGCACUCUAGGACUGCCUCGUUAGACUUGCGACACACUAGAAACUCAUCGGCAGACUUAAACAAACUGAUUAGAAACGAUCUUGGUUUAGUUUUUAGCUCGACCAAUUCUACCUGGGCAGAUCCCUUAAGAGUACAAAUUAUCAAGGCGCAUCACAAUUGGAUUGUGGCUGGAUAUGCCCACUUUGUUGUAUGUUACAGAUUAAAAGAUUCCAGUGGAUGGCAACAAGUUUUUACCAGCCCUUACAUUGAAAGCUGCAUAGAGAGGAUAGCUAUAAACGCUAAAAUGGGCUCUAGUGAAACUUCUAAGAUGGUAGCUAUAUCUUAUGGUAGCCAGGUCAGGUUAUGGGGAAUAUCCGACGGUGGCGCCAGAACUAAUAUUGGUACAUUCAAUUUGCACGUCAGGGUGGAAUAUUUAUUUUUUAUUGGCAGUCAAUUGGUAGCACUGUCGCCUUCUGGUAAGCUAGGAGUUUGGCAUGCCAUGACUCAACAUUGGCAAACUCAAGAUGUCAUGCCUAUAGCAUCCUUUGACACUGCCGGCUCCAUAUUGCUAUUGGGCUGCAAUAAUGGCUGUAUUUAUUAUAUUGAUAUGCAAAAGUUUCCUUUGAGGAUGAAAGAUAAUGAUCUUUUGGUAACAGAAUUAUACAGAGAUCCUAACAAUGACACUGUUACAGCUAUAUCAGUGUACCUAACACCAAAAACCAAUUUGUGCGGCAACUGGAUCGAAAUCGCGUAUGGUACCACUUCGGGGGCUGUAAGGGUCAUAGUUCAGCACCCGGAGACUGUAGGGCACGGUCCCCAGCUGUUUCAAACGUUUACUGUACAUCAGAGUAAAGUGAUCAAGGUUACUCUUUCUGAAAAAUACCUGGUUUCCGUGUGCUCCGAGUACAAUCAUGUGAGAAGUUGGCGCGUGACCAGGUUCAGAGGAAUGCUCUCCACUCAGCCGGGUUCGACUCCCGAAGCCUCGUUCAAGAUAGUGGCGCUCGAGGCGGUCGAACCUGCUAUCAGUCAUUCCGUCGCUAACGAUUGCGGACCUUUUGGCGAACAAGACGAUGAACAGGUCUUCAUUCAGAAGGUCGUUCCGGACGCUGACCAUUUGUUUGUUAGACUGGCUAGCAACGGGAAACGCGUGUGUAUCAUCAAAGCGGUAGAUGGCAGUACAGUCAGUUCGUUUUGCGUACACGAAUGCGAAGGUUCAAGUAGAAUGGGUUCCAGACCAAGAAGGUUUAUAUUUACUGGACACUCAAACGGUUCAAUUCAGAUGUGGGAUUUGACAACUGCAUUGGAUCUCUCUUACAAGACUGAUUUAGUUGAAAAAACGAACGGCGGGCCCUCUACAGGCGAGUUGCUCCGUAUGUUGGACACCUGUGACAUCAGCAACAGUUUGUGUUCGACUCCAUGUAUGUCGCCAUCUCCAAUGCUGGUGGCACAGGCCAGAUUGAAGGCCAGUAACGUGGCUUUUUUGAAUCAACAGAAUAACACGGACUGCUCAAAUUCCACGUAGAGUAAACUUUUUAUAGACAAUGAAAAAAAAAAGCAGUAAACCAAUCGGAGCACAGCAUUCUCUAUCGCACCUAGUAUGCUGUUAAGAAUGCCGUGCGCUGAUUGAUUUAUUGUUUUCUAUAGAAAUUAAUGUCUUAAAUAUCAGGCAUGAUUUUUAAGAUAUACUCUGAUGUGGUUAAUUCUUAUUUAUUGAUGAAAUUAAAAAAAAAUACUUUUCAGAAUUUAUUGUUUUAAAUGUAUUAGACAAACUUGCCAAUAUUAUUAUUGUUUUGUUAAGAUAAAGAUCUGAUUUUUUUUUAAUAGUAGUUUUUUUAUUUAAAUACAGCUAAAAUUUGGAUACAUUUGUGGAAAUCAAAAUUAUAAUUAUUUAAAAAAAUUGUGAUAAAUCGCUGCUGUAGUAGGUAUUCUAUUAAUUAAAUAAAAAGUUUAUUUAUAUUUUGUGUUAUUA